AUGAAUCCAACUGUGGGAAUUCAUACAAGAUUUUUCCUUCCCCUGUUACCUGAUUUAUGGGUGGUCCUUUUGCUCAGCUUUAAAUAUGAGCAGGGCCCCUCACAUGUCCUGCUGAGCUUCCAGCACACACAGGGAAGGGGCCGUCUUAGCCCCGCCUCCACCACGUGGUCACAGGAGAACUGCAGCCGCCUAACUUCCCGGAUGGGCUAUGAUAGUGGGCGGCAAACUGCGGCUUGUGAGCCACAUGUGGCUCUUCGGCCCCUUGAGUGUGGCUCUUCCACAAAAUACCACGUGCGGGCGCGCACAUGCAGUGCGAAUGAAACUUCGCGGCCCAUGCAAAGGAGUCUGUUUUCAGCUCUCAAAAGAAAUUUAAAUCGUUGGACUGUUGAUAUUUGGCUCUGUUGA